CUUCAUAAUUCUCUUUUUGUCCCUUCUCUUUCAUCUUAUCAUAAUUAUAAUUCCUCAACUUCCAACAUGGUUUCUGAAAAAAUUCAAGAAAAUAUUAAGCUUCCAAUCAUUGACCUUUCAUUAGAGAAAUCACAAAUAAUAAAACUCAUAGUGAAAGCCUCUGAAGAAUUUGGUUUUUUCAAAGUUAUUAACCAUGGUGUUGACACAAAUGUUAUAAAAAAAAUGGAAGAUGAAAGUUAUAAAUUUUUUUCCAAACCUUUUUCCCAAAAACAAUGUGCUGGUCCAGCAAAUCCAUAUGGUUAUGGUUGCAAAAACAUAGGAUUAAAUGGAGAUAAUGGAGAAGUUGAAUAUUUGUUACUUCAUGCCAAUCCUAAUUUGUCUAUCUCUCAAAUAUCAAAAAAUAUUUCAAGUGAUCCACUUAUGUUCAGUUGUGCAGUAAAUGGAUAUGUAGAAUCAGUGAGGGAGUUGGCAUGUACGAUAUUGGAAUUGAUGGCACAAGGAUUGAGGGUCCAACAAACUUCAGUCUACAGUAAUCUUCUCAUGGACCUUCAUUCUGAUUCUCUACUACGGAUUAAUCACUACCCUCCAUUCAACUGGACCCCACAUCUUCUCCAUCAUGAUUGUGAUACGUCACCUAACUCCUGCAACUCCACGGUAAGUAAAAUUGGAUUUGGAGAGCAUACGGACCCUCAGAUCUUGACCAUCUUAAGAUCAAACGAUGCUCCUGGCCUACAAAUAUCACCUCAAAAGGGAUUGUGGGUCCCUAUAUCACCUCACCCGAAUACUGCUUUCGCCGUCUUCGUUGGAGACACUUUACAGGCUCUGACAAAUGGAAGGUUUAAGAGUGUGAGGCAUAGGGCAAUGGUGAAUUCAUGCAAAACUAGGAUGUCAAUGGUGUACUUUGGUGCCCCAUCACCCCAUGCUAGAAUUUGUUGUCCCUUAGAAUUGGUCACUACAACACCACACAAACCUUAUCAUCUAUAUAGGCCAUUCACUUGGGCUGAGUACAAGAAAGCUACUUAUUCCAUGAGACUUGGGGACACUCGUCUUGAUCAAUUUUUCAGACUACAAUCAGAAAAUGAUGAAAUAAUAUCUAUUAAUAAUCAGACGUCUUAAGUUUGAAAUUUUAGAAAUAAUUUUUAUUUUUUUUGAGAAUGCUGCUAUUAGAAAUAAAUUAUG